ACACAAACCACGCCACCAUGGGCUGUGACCGAAGAGAAACCACCAGCUGGAGCAGCCGGGCACAUUGUGUGGCACUGUCCCACGUCCCCAGCAUGGACCCUGCAGUGCCCAGAGCCACGCUGAAGGCAAUGGGGCUGUGCACCCUGCUGGUGCUGCUGGUGGCGGCGGUGACGGCGGCGGUGGCGGUGCUGCUGUGGCGCUCAGAGGCACUGGGGAAGCUGCGGGGCUGCCAGGAGCGGGCGGCCAACGAGAGCCGUGCGCUGGAACUGCGAGUGGCACAGCUGGAGAUGGAGCUCAACCAACUGCAGCACGUGGCUGAUGAGAGACGGAGGGAGGAGGAUGCGCUGCGCCGGGAGCUCAGCCGAGUGCGCAAGGAUGGAGAGAAGCUCAGCUCCAGCCUGCGGUCCUGCCGGGUGCAGGCGGCCAGGCUGGAAGCCAACAUCACAGCGCUGCAGGAUGAGGUGCAGGGGCUGCGGCGUGACAGGGCUGAGCUGUCCCGCAGGAACGCAGCACAGCGAGAGGAGCUGGCUCAGGGCGCAGAGCUGGCGCUGGGGCUGCAGCAGAGACUGGAGGAGAUGGCGGAGCAGCGGAGAGCGCUGAGGGCACGCGGGGAGCGAUGUGAGGAGCGGCAGCGGCAGCUCGAGGCCACGCUGAAGGACCGUGCAGCUGAGCUGGAUGCGCUGCGGCGGCGCUUGGGGCCCCGCACGGCACGGCGCAGGUGCUCCCCUUCCCGGUACAUCCAGUGGGUGCUGCUCUGCCUUUCGGCCCUGUUCCUUUUGGGAGCGGGCACCCUAUGGAAGAGCUGAAGCCCCAUAGCACCCUCCUGUCCAGCCCCUCUUUGCCAGCACGGACACCACGCAUGGGAUGGCGCCAGCCCUACAGCAGCAGGAACCAGGGUUGCCCAUUUCUUCCAAUCCCACCAGCACUAAAACCAGCAGCAGCUCAUCCCCUCUGAACUCAGCAGAGCGGAGUGGGCACAGCACCAAUGAUCCUCCCCACAUCCCCUCGUCUCGUCUCGUUCCCUCCCCCCCCCCCCCCCCCAACACACUGAGCAGCUUUGGGUGCUGUUUGCUUGCUGGGGCCAGAAGAUGGUGACCAGUCCUUGCCCUGAGGCCAGCCAGAGCCGUUCAUUAAUCAUUAAUUCUGUUCAUCUACUGAUUAAACAGGAAUAGUGCUCCAUGAA